AUGGUGGACCCCCUGCCGCUGCCGCCGUACAAGGUGGUGCUUUUGGGCGAGCUGCUGGUGGGGAAGACUUCUUUGGUGAACCGCUUCACCACCAACGAGUUUGACCCCCACGUCAGCAACACCAUUGGCGCCGCCUUCAUUUCGCGCCAAUACACCUCCCUGGGUCUGGGCCGGCUGGUCGAGCUCCAGAUCUGGGACACUGCCGGCCAGGAGCGUUACCGGCUGCUCACGCCGAUGUACUACCGUAACGCCAAGUGUGCCCUUAUAUGUGUCGAUCUCAGCCUGCCCCAGGAACUGUUGGAGCUGGCUCGCUACUGGCUCGACCAGCUUAAGCUCCACGACCAGUGUCGCAUAAAACUUGUGGGCACCAAACUGGACGUAGCGGUGGCUGACGAUACUUCAGUGCAGGAGUUUGCUGAUGCUAGUGAGCUCAAACUAUACCCCACCAGUUCCAAAACUGGCGACGGCAUCGAUGCCGUAUUUGACGCCGUGGUCGACGAGAUCGACCCCCAAUUCUUUAGCGACUGGGACGCCCGCAAACAGCUUGACGUCUCUCAGAGUACCGCUACCCCCACCACCUCUAGAUGCUGCUAA